GGCGCGACCUGAUGUUGGAGAGAGAGAGAGAGCGGAGUGAAAGUGAACGCAGAGCUGCUGGUCUCCCUAGUGCUGUGCCCGGAGUGCGCAGUGUCUGACACCGUGCUGGCUGAGUGCAGUGUGACUGGCAUGUCAUUCCAUGACUCCAUGUGAGGGCGCUGGGUCACUGUAUGUUUAUGGUCAGGUCACAUGUCCCAUGACUGCCAGCAUUGCCCCACACUGCCACUGACUGCUCAGUGCAUGACUCCCCAGAGACACUGACAGUCUGCAUUGCCCCACACUGCCACUGACUCCCCAGAGACACUGACUGCCAGCAUUGACCCGCACUGCCACUGACUGCUCUUUGCAUGACUCCCCAGAGACACUGACAGUCUGCAUUGCCCCACACUGCCACUGACUGCUCAUUGCAUGACUCCCCAGAGACACUGACAGUCUGCAUUGCCCCACACUGUCACUGACUGCUCAUUGCAUGACUCCCCAGAGACACUGACAGUCUGCAUUGCCCCACACUGCCACUGACUGCUCAGUGCAUGACUCCCCAGAGACACUGACAGUCUGCAUUGCCCCACACUGGCACUGACUGCUCUUUGCAUGACUCCCCAGAGACACUGACAGUCUGCAUUGCCCCACACUGCCACUGACUGCUCAUUGCAUGACUCCCCAGAGACACUGACAGUCUGCAUUGCCCCACACUGGCACUGACUGCUCUUUGCAUGACUCCCCAGAGACACUGACAGUCUGCAUUGCCCCACACUGCUACUGACUGCUCAUUGCAUGACUCCCCAGAGACACUGACAGUCUGCAUUGUCAGAGGGUGGACAGUCCUGGGGCCCCAGCUGUGGUGGAGAUGUGCCAAUGACACUGAUCCCCUGUGAACGUGAGGAAGAGAAGCCCUCUCCUGCUAAUCUGCCCCCACCCAGCCUAAUAACAACAAUAACAGACGCAGCCGCCUCAUCCUCCUUGCACCGGGUCAGUGAGCUGAGAUUACCGGUAGGAUGAGCUGGCUCUUCUCCUCUUCUAAAGGCAACAGACCCCUGGCCCCUCUCACCAGCCUGCAACAACAGAAACAGAGGCAGAUCGAGUCCCUGAAGGCUUGUCACAGCAGCAUUGCUGAAAUUCAGAAAGAUGUGGAGUACAGACUGCCUAUCACUAUAAAGAACCUAACCAUCAACAUAAAUAUUUUGCUUCCGCCACAAUUUCCUCAAGAAAAACCUCUUAUCAGUGUUUAUCCUCCUAUUAGGCACCACUUAGUGGACAAGCAAGGUGUUAAUGUCACGUGUCCCAUAGUAAAUAAUUUUACCAUGCACUCAGACCUUGGAAAAAUAGUACAGAGUUUGCUGGAUGAGUUCUGGAAGAAUCCUCCUACAGUGGCUCCCAACUCUGGCUCUUUUCCUUACAUGUACAGCAGUCCCUCUGGAAUACCAGCGUACACCCAUUCAGCAUUUCCAUUUCUCCCUUCCUACCCAACUCAAGAAACCAAUAGAUCAGUUCCUGAACCUGUUCCUGCUAUCUAUAGCACUUCCAAAGCUGCAGCACCUUCCUGCGGCUUGAUCACUGAGCUGCCUAUUCCAGUUCCUACUUCAGAAGUGGGAAUUAAUGGUUUUACAUACAAGAUGCCUGAACUACCUGACACAUUUCCUGAACUCGCUGAAUUUAGUGUCUCUCAGCUCUCAGAAAUGGUGGAGCAAGACGACUUUCUCCUAGAGCAGUUUAUAAAUCUCCCCCAGUUAAAGCAGGUCAUCACAGAUAAAGAAGAUCUGGUAAAGAACAUUGAGGAAUUGGCGAGAAAGAACCUGCAGUUGGAACCCAUUCUAGAAUCAAAACGACAGAUGCUACUUGAAAAGUAUGAACUUCUCACCCAAAUGAAAGGUUCAUUUGAGAAAAAGUUACAGCGACAGCAUGAGCUGAGUGAGAGUUGCAGCUUGAGUGCUCUGCAGGCCAGACUCAAGGUUGCAGCUCACGAGGCAGAAGAGGAAUCUGAUAGUAUUGCUGAAAACUUCCUUGAGGGAAAAACAGAAAUAGACGAUUUUGUCAACAUCUUCAUGGAAAAGAGAACGAGUUGCCACAGCAGAAGAGCCAAAGAAGAGAAAUUACAGCAAGCAAUAUCCCUGCACAGCCAAUACCAUGCACCAUUAUAGACCAUUUGAAGUUGAUUUUCCAUGUGGAGUGGUAGUAGGAGUCCUAGAAAGCACAUUUUAUAUUUAUGAUUUGAAAAGGAAAAAAAAGUUGAAUAACGUUGAAUUAUACUUGAUUGUAUUAUGUUUUAUUGACAGUUAAUUUGGUAGGAUCUUUUUUGUACAACUUAACCUAUCAUUUGCUACAUGUUUACUUCAAGAGAUCCUGGUCUUCAGACUUAAGAACAAAACUGCAUCCAUUGUAAUUAAUUCUAAUAUAUUUUUAUUUUCUGUUACUCAUAUUGCAAUGAUUUAUAUUAAAUAUCUAUUUAAUGGGAA